GCGAGGCGGGGCAGACCCAGGCCCCGCCCCCGUCCCUUCCUCCCGGGCGGGGCGCGGUGGCCCCGGGGUCACUCCGGAGUCAGUCCGGGUGCGGGCGGGAGGCAGGGUCGGGGCACUCCUGCGCCCGGAGUCUGCGGGGGACCGCUCCGGGAGCAUGGGGGAGAACAAGGUGACCCAGUGCCAGCAGGAGGCAGAGGAGGUGACCCAGAUCAUGCUGGACAACUACUCCAAGGUGCUGGACCGUGAGGGGAAGCUCCAGGAUCUGGACAGCCGGGCUGAGGAGCUGCUGGACAUGUCUACCACCUUCAGCAAGACAAGCAAGACGCUGGCCCAGAAGAAGCGCUGGGAAGACCAGAAGCUGCGGCUGGUGCUGGCUGGGGUCGCGGUGGGUGUCCUGGUUCUCAUCAUCCUGGCUGUGGCCUUGGCCCUUUCACUGCCUGGUGCUGGGACCCAGGUGUCUGGGCAGGCCGAGGUCCGUGCCUCUGCCCCCACCAACGGCAGCAACUGACUUCUGAAACACAACCACUUCUGGUGUGGACUUUGCGGGUGGGGGUGGGACCUGGAGAUGCCGUGCCCCCUUCCCAAAUUGGCCCCACCCACCUGGGAGCAGGGGGCUUGGGGGGGACUGUCAGCUUCCCACCAGCAGUGCCUGGCCUAGUCCUCCCCCCACCCCCCCGUGGUGCCUCAGUUUCCCCUGCCAGGUCCCUCUUAAGUGAGCUUUCUCUCACCAGUGCCUUAAUACCACCCAGUCAGGACCCCAGCACUGAGAGCUUCCUCACAGCAGAGCCCUGACUAGGAGGCCUCAGUACUUCAGUUUCCCCAGCCAGGGCCCUUGAAGCCUGUGACCUUCCCCAACAAAGUGCCUUGAUAAGUGUUCCCGAGACAAAGUGCCCCUGAGCCAGGACCCUGGUGCUGUAAGCUUACCCCCAGCAGUGCCCUAGUUUGGAGGCUUCGCUGGCUCAGUUUCCCUACCUGGGGCCCAUUGAAGACUGUGAGCUUCCCCACUAGCAGUGCCCUGGGAGUGUUUCGCCAGAGCCUUGACACUACAACCUUCACCCUACCAGUGCCUCAGCCAGUUCCCCCUUAGUGGUGCCUCAAUUUCCCCACCCAGGGCCCAAGAAGGCUGGCAGCUUCCCUAGCCCAGUACUGUGAACGUCCCUGGGACGGUACCCUAACCUUAACACCCCUCCCCCUGCCGUGAGAUCCCAGUGCUGCGAGCUUCAUUAGAGCAGUGCCCUCAGCCCCAUGCUGCCCUCCACAGCCCAGCACCAAAUAAAAGGAGUUUUCUAAGC